GGGCUGCGCUCCAGCACUCCACCUCUGCACAGUGCAACAGCAGCAGCACCAGCAUGCCUGGCUGGAGCCGAAAACAGCCCGCAGCAGCGCACAGUCUCCUGCGUCUUUAACCUGUCGGUGGUGGAAUACUUGAAGACAGACGGAUAUCGACAUCUGUGGGAAUCACGAGAACAUUUGCACGUGUAUUCAUUAUUUUAGGUCUUUUUUUUUUUUUAACGCUUUUGUGUUACCAGGCAGGACGAAGUCCGAGCAGCCAUGACAGGUCAUCCUGCAUCUACCAGAUACUUCCAGAGCCACCUCUGACCAAACCGGAUUUAGCGAACCCAAGAUGUCAGCGUGCAACGACUUUGCAGAACACGUGUGGAAACCCGGCUCUUGUAAGAACUGCUUCCACCCGUUCAGCGCACACAAGACCGUUGGCUUCCGGGAUGGCGGCGCACCAGCUGCGUGUUUGAAGAGCAGCCCGGGAGGUGAUGAGGAAGCUUUAGUGACUGCGCCUUCACCCUACAGCAAGCCGACGAUAGCUGUGAAACCUACUAUGAUGAGCCUCGACACCAGCGAUGCUGCAGAUGUCAACAUGAACAUUGAGCAGGAGGAAAACACAAAGAGCCCAACUGAGAGGCUGCGCCUCAAGCAGCUCUUAGACCUGUCGUCUCUUUACAUUGAUAACAGCGGCUGCAAUAAGGCCCACAGAGACGCAGUUCUUCAGAGUCCCGACGCCAAGAAAGACUGCAACAACUGCUUCUCUUUGACUCCCUUGUCCCCCACUAUCCUGCCCACUGACUCUAAGAUCAUCAGCAAUAUCUAUGUUACCCAGGAGGAGGGUCGAGGUUCUCAGAGUUUAAAGAAAAAUGCCAAUGAAGACUCCUGCAGGCAGCAGAAUAGUACAUCCGCUCUCCGAACCAAAAGCACUUUUAAUGGAAAUGUUGUGACUACCAGGUCGAAUUAUCAAGAAUGUCAACAGGCAGCUGUGGAGAUACCCUUUUCACUGGAUAUUGUCCCUACUAGCCCUGCCACAGUCCACAGCAAUGGUAUGAGCAGUGGGAGUGCGACGGGUGUUACCACAAAGACAUCCAGCACUUCUACCACUUCCUGUGUGGAUGUUGCUAGCCCUAAAUCUCUUUGUCACAUCCUGUCCAAACAGAGCAACCUAUCAGACUCCUCUUAUUCUUAUCGUAGCAGCACAGAUUCACUUCCUGGACCGGAAGGCUCAGGAGCAAGAAAAGACAGCUCGAGGAGCCCCCAAAGCCCACCAUCUAUGGGUAGCCCACAGUCAACUCCCACCUUUUUCAGUGGACAGAAAAGCUCAGAGCCAAUUUAUGCUGAGAGCACUAAGAAAAAGCGCAAGCAGCAAGAAAACGGACUGCAAUCUCAACCGGAGUCCCCAAACCAGACUGAGGAGUCCCUAAGCUCUGAGCAUGACCUCUCAGGAGACAGUCAGCGGGCCACCAUCACUGUAAUGGCUGCUCACAUGGAGGAGAACAACAGAACUUUCUACUUGAGCAGCCCGGAUUCGGCUGUUAGCACCCAGUGCCACUUCAGCCCCACGGCUCGUAAAGACCAGAGCAGUCCUGCUUUCCGUUGGCCCAGCCCCAGCCACAGCAUAGGCUCUCUUGCUACAGAAGUAGGCUGUGCCCCUACUCUGCACCCCAAGCCCCAGUCCAGCCCACCAAUUCCUCCAAAGAGGAACACCCGCUCCCCAAAACUGGGCACCUCUAGCCUCUCAUCGUCCAUGUCUUCUCCAGUCCCGCUUCCUGAACUUCCCAGACUACUGACCUCCAGCCUCUCUCCGUCUGUUUCAUCUCCCGUCCCUCUCACUGAACUCCCCAUGCUUUUCUUCGUCUCUACUAAAGAGGUCACUGCUGAGAACCAGAGCCCAGCGCCCGAGCGAUGGCACAAGCCCCACCACCACAGCUCUGGCUGGAACUGCCGCAUUGAGGAAGAGGAGGAGGAGGAAGAAAGAGACCGGAAAGAGACUGAAAAGAAAAAGUUAGCCGCCAGUGCUGAGGCAACCUCUCGGGUGACAGGCGUAGUCAAUGGUGCUGCUGUCUGGAAGGAGGCCAGGGACUCGAAGGCCCACAGCGGCCCCCCUCCACUGACAGAGCCAGGCACGGCCCCCCCAGCUGCCACUAACAAUGGUGCCUAUCAGGGGGAAACUAAGGGCAACGGCGCAGAGGCGGAGGGCAAGCAUAACGGGAGCAUGCCGGCAAAGCAACCGUUGCAUGGUGGCUCAUCAGAGCCGCUGGCACCAGGGAAGGGAGCUACCAGCCAUGACCCCAAUCCACCGCCUCCCCCACCCAAGAAACUGCACAGAGUGGGUAGGAUGAGUGGCAGCAACAUGGAGAUGGACCGCUGUGGCCAACAUGGGUCAGUAGAGAGCCCUACCUCGUCUCUACGGGGCCUGAGCAACUCCAGCCUCCCAAUGGCCUCCACUGACAACCUGGCUGCAACUGACACUGGUUCUCAGGAUGCUACACGAAUGUCUUGUUCUUCUCCGUUUCCUAGAAGCCCAGUGGCUUCAGCUCCAGGUUCUCCUAACCCUCCCUCCAUUACCAGCCCGAGUAAGCAGCCGCCUCCACUCCCAGAGAAAAAAAUGGCCAGCCGCACCGUGUCCGCUCCCGACGGAAACGGAAAGCCUUUCGUUCGAGCGUACCCGCGCCUCCCGUUUACCGGCUCAGAGAGCAAUGUGUGCCGGACCGCUGAUGCCAGCUCCCGUUCCAGUUUGCCAUCCAGCCCCGUUGAUCCACGGCCCAUUUUCUCCUCCAGUGAGUCUCUAGAACGUUGUCACGCCCCCCUGGGACGAGCCUUGAGGUCCAGGACGCUGGACGAGCCAGUCAAGACUCAUGGUCGGCUGGGCGUGCACUGCCGAAGCAGCAUCACUUGCUCAUCUUCUCCUCAGCUCAGCGUGCCGUUCUCAGCUGCAGAACCAGGUUCAGCGCCAAACUUCGGCUCGAGCCUGCAGCUCCAGACCCUUCUGAGCAACAUCGACAGUAGAGAAGGAGUGUACUCAAAACUGGGCGGGCUUUAUGCUGAGUCUCUGCGGCGCCUGGCUCUAAAAUGUGAAGAUCACUUCACUCGCUCACAGAAGAACCCGCUGAGGUUUGAAGAGAGCAACUGGUCUCUGUUCAGGCUCACGUCUAGCAAGCCCAGCUGCAAUGCAGGAGACGCUGUAUACUACUCUGCCGCAUGUGCCUUAGACCCCAGCAGCUCCUACGCUGUAAAGAUCUGCAAGAGUUCAAGCAUUGAAGCCAAACAGGGCCAUCUCUACGGCCUGUCAGUGCAGCAGAGCAUGCCUCCUCACUUCAACCUUCAGCAGGACUGUGGUCACUUCCUCGCCUGUGUCCCCCAGAGCAUGUUGCCUUCUGAUGAAGUCUCCCAGCCAACCACACCUGCUUCGCCACUGCCUCACUCUGUGCAGGGCCAGCCGGAAGACAGAGAGCGAGUGGUGGUCAUCACACCUGAGAUCCCUCAGCAGACGGCAGCUGACUUUGUUCGGGAGUGGGAGGCAUUCCACAAAGCUCAGCCAGAGGUCUAUGAGCGUCGCAUAUGCUUCCUCCUCCUACAACUCUGCAAUGGCCUGGAGCACUUGAAAGAGCAUGGGGUCACGCACCGUGACCUCUGCCUAGAAAAUUUGUUGUUGGUACCUCAUCAGCGCAGGCCCGCUCUGUUCGCUCCACAGACUGAAAACAGCUCCAGUAAUGGUUCAAGCGGUGCAGAGGCUCAGCGUCACCUUCCCCGGCUCCUGAUCAGUAACUACGCAAAGGCCAAGCGUCGCUCCUCGGAGGAUGCCGUGUCAACCAACGUGGACCCUCGCAUCAAACGUGACCACGCCAGGCUGGCGCCUGAGAUCCUCUCAGCAGCCCAGUACCGCAAAUUUGAUGAGUUCCAGACGGGCAUCCUGAUCUAUGAGCUCCUCCACCAGCCAAACCCGUUCGAGGUCAGUCCAGCACUGAAGGAACAAGACUACCGCUGUGAGGACUUGCCUCCAAUCCCCUCUGUCUCCCUCUAUUCAGCUGGCCUCCAGAGGCUGGCCCAGCUCCUUCUCCAACCUGACCCCAUCAAACGCAUCCACAUCCAGGAGGCCAAGCGUAUAUUGCAGAGCUUGCUCUGGGGACCGAGGAAGGACCUCAUGGAUCAGCAGUGGGAGAGACAAGGACAAGGGGGAAACUUUGUCGAUGGAUCCCGACACGAGGGUCUCCUUAAUUGGCUCGACGUGAAAAGGGCGCUGCUGAUGAUGAAGUUUGCCGAGCGCUCGCUGGAGCCAGAGAGGAACGCAGAGCUGGAGGACUGGCUGUGCUGUCAGUACUUCUCCUCAGCUCACCCUCUGUCCCUCUGCCAUACAGCUGAACUACUCUACUCACUAAAGUGAAAGCUCACCUUAUGGGUUAAAAAUCCAUGUGGGCGAAAACAUAGUUAUAUGCGACUGUAGGUGCAAGAGAGACCAAUGAUGUCAAAGAAUGGGAUAAGGAGGCACAAUCCUCUGGAGAAAACCCGCACCCGUGUAUUCGAUCGACUUCAUGCACGAGAUCCAUGCGUCAAACUAGCCGUCCAGUCUGAACUUUUUUUUAAAUUUAUACCAACAGUAUCCUGCGACAGUGAGCUUAGUAUAAAAAAGACCUGUGAACACACCACUGAUUUUGUAAUAAUCAGAAAGAUUCUCAUGACAACUAGAAUCUGUUUUCAUUUUCUCUCGCGAUCCCAGUGGAUGCAUCAGGGGGGGAAAAAGAACAUGGACAGUCUUCAUAAUAAUACACUUACCAAAGUUCAUGUUUGGCACUGUGUUUUGUGUAUUUAUUAAAUGUCAGUGGAGACAUUUAUACGCGCUGACAACAGGAUAGCAAUUCAUAACCUAAUUCUGUGUCAGUAAUGCUGUGUCGCACAUACAUGUGCAGCUAACUUUGUCUACAUGUAACCUGUACGGCUAAUUUCUCUGCUAAUGGAAAUGUGAGGUCACCUGCAGGCUUUACCGUAUUGCACCUUUUACUCUCGUGUUUUUUGUCAUGGGCACAUAGUGCUGUAUUGCAGAAUUACUGCAGGAUUAUCCUUUUUUUUUUUUCUUUUUAUUCUGUGUAUACUUGGAAAUGAUCAACACAGCCUUUUGGAAAAAAAUACUACUACUGUUCUACUACAUGCAGUUUUUUCCCUCCUUCGCUCAAUUUUAUUAUAUAUUUAAAUGUUUGUUGACAUUUGUCACAGUGCCUUUUGUUCUUUUGUAUUUGUUACAGUGACUCGAGCCUAAUGUAAAUACUCCCCACCAUUUGUCCUUUGUGAAACUGGCCUUUCACAGGAACAAUGUUUUCUUUUCUUUUCUUUUUUUUUUUUGGGUUUUGUACAGUGAUUUGUAGAUGAUAAUAGAAGUGAAUGGGCCCAAGCAGGUCUUAAAAAGCCAUGAAUAUGAGCAGUAGUUAAAAAAACAAGAUGAUAUUUAUGAUUUAAGUUGUUAUCUUGUAGUAGUCACUGGAAUUUCUGUUUAUUUCCAUGAUAUUCAGCAGCAGCUGGGCUUUUUUAUGUGUCAUGAAAGCUUCAAGUUAUAAAUUAUAUUCAAACAAAAAGUGUGGCAACACAUUAACAGCCUGCACGCAGGUUUUUAUUCAUGACCGACUGUUUCUAAUGUGGAAGAAAAGUAAAACACGCCCUGAACUCACGACUAAUGCAUUAUUGAUUGGAAUUAUUUUGUGUGUGUGCCUCUUAUUUGCAUCUAUCAAUAAACUGCAUAUAUUUUCUCACUGCA